AAAACCAUGUAAUUUGCAAAGUCCAAGUCAACGUAUAUCUGUACUACGAGUCCUUGGGCAACGUCUUGUAUGGCAAGAACAGGCCAAUGUGGAAGCUGCCUGAACCCUUCACAGAGAGGUUGCAUCCUGUUUAUGGUCAUUCCUCUCCAUGAAGAGACCAUCAACGACCAGAUGAAGGUCCCCUUCAGUCAGGUGGACAUUGCCAGUGCUGAGGUCAAGCUCAGCCCUCCACCGAACCCGCUGAAGCAAAAAGGACUAAUGAAAACAAAAACACAUUGACGGAGUGAAACAGAAUGCCUUUGUCACAAACACCAGGAGUGGUGGGUGCAGAGUCAGAUGCAGAGAGCAGAGGAUACUGGGGAACCGACUUCAUUAGGAUUCCCAAAACCAACGCCCAAAACAACGCCCAAAACAACGCACAAACACAGGGCACAAACGGACAGGAACAUUAACACGCACAACCUGACGAACAGAAAAACAAUCCCGCACAACAAUAGGCGGCCUAACAGGCUUAAAUGGACAUGAAUCAAGAAACAAAAUAAGAGACAGGUGCAACCAAUAAGAUCAAACAAACAGAAAAGGAAAAGGGGAUCGGUGGCGGCUAGUAGACCGGCCACAACGACCGCCGAGAGGAGCCACCGUCAGUGGGAGUCGUGACAGCCUUGAACGUCUUCCAUGACAUCACGGCCCAAUAUGUAAACUUUUUUGAGUGUUGUUGAAGUGCCCCAGUGUGGGAGGCGGUGGAGAAGGAAGUCCGCUCGGUGGUGAAAGAGGAUGCUGUCCUGCUGAUGGAUGCAUCCAGAAGGGCUCAGACAGCGGCCGGCCUGGCUGAAGACACAAAGCGGCUCAGGCGGUCGGUGGAGAGCCUCAUGAAGAGGGCCAUGAGUCACAUACAGAGGCAGAGGGACAGGGUCUCACAGGAGAUGGACGUGUCCCCUGCCAUGUUCUACAUCCUGCAGCAGGAAGGACUGGUGAAGAGCGCAGCAGAUAUGGGUCUCUCUUACAGAGACGACACCAAGAAGCUGGUUCUCUCAGGUCUUGUCGCAGAGGUGUAACAAGGUGCAGAACUGGAUCUUGGAGAGGAAGCUCAGAAUGAGGAAGAUGCAGCUGAAGCUCGACCCUCACAUCCUGGACUUCCUGAGGUCAGUGGACAGUAUGGAGAUGUCCCAAGACCUGUUUGCGCUUGGCACAUCAGUGCUGUGUAUAGCAUGUAGGGUGGAGAAGUGCUUCUGACUGGCAGCUCAGAUAAAUCCUUGACUGACGCAGAGCAGAUGGUGAAGACUGCCCUGUCCAUGCAGAGCCUUGUCGUGGAGGAGCAGGAUGUGUUGACGAUACCUGGGUGGAAGGAUCUGAACAGCCACCUGGUGGAUACAUACAACUCCCCAAAGAGGAAAACUGUGGUGAUAAAGCUCCAUCCAGAGAGCAGAGACAGAAUUAUUGUCUCUGGCUUUUUGGACCCGGUCAAAGAGGUCUGGACCUUUCUGGACCCGGUCAAAGAGGUCUGGACCUUUCUGGACCCGGUCAAAGAAGUCUGGACCUUUCUGGACCCGGUCAAAGAGGUCUGGACCUUUCUGGAGGACUUUGUUGAAAACAACUUACAAGUCGACGUGGCUGUCUGUGUCAAGUCCAAGUUAAAUUCAUCCAGGAGAAAAAAUGUCAGAACUGGAUAAAUUUUGCCAAAAGUGUGAUGAGGUGAAUGUCCGUUUUGAACCCAGAAGGUUCAGAAUCAUCCUCUCAAGGGCCUGUCUCUAUGUCAAGAUGGCCAAGGGAUUCUUUCAGAAGAUGGCAGCUGCCUUCUGCACUGAUGAGCUCACCAUCAUGAAGUCUGGAGCAAGAAAGUACUUCCAAGAGCAGGAGAGCAUAUUUGUAUCCAUGGCGAUAAAGGAGCAUGGAUGUGUGGUGUUUCUGUAGGAGGAUUACAUACUGGAGAACAAGUGUGUGAGUGUUAUGAGUCGGCUACCAGGGGGACAAGAGAGAAUGAAGGAGAAUGUUUUCACCAAGGUCAAAGACGUCUUUAUGGGACCCAGUGAUGGAAGCUUUGGCAAUGAGAACUCUGUCAUUAAGGGGGAGGAGUUUUCUCCAACUGUGUUCCAGCUGUGUGCAGAGAUCCCCCAGGCUGUGAGUCAUACCCGGCACUGGGUUGAAAACCUUAUCAUGAAGGAGCAAACUGAGAGAAUCAUCAAGGACCCACACAUCAGCCAGCUGAGCAAGGCGGAUGUGGAGCAGCUGCAGGCCAUGCAGAGGGAGCUGACUGUCAGGAUCCGCCUGGAGAUGAAGAGCCCCGACUCCCUGAUCUGUCUGGAGGGCCUGAGCCGUGAUUUGCUUACUGCAGACGGAAUCAUCAGGGACAUGGUUGUGGAAAGGAAAGAACGUCAGACGAUCAGUCUACCGGUUGAGCAGUCUGGGAGGAUGGCAAAACCAAGACCACAAUGUUGAUAAUGAGGCUAAUGUCCUGUACAGAAAAGCUUCCAACACAAAGGGCAGAAGAGAAAUGGAGUUAUUGAGAAAAUAACUGAAAGGUGACACCUUAGUGCCGACACACUGGGAACACAUGAAUGGUUCCCUCUUAAAGUUGGUCAAUCUGUCUCCAAGAUUCAGGGACCACAAGGAUGUGAAGACAGGGACCAACCUGACCAUGGUUAAAGUAUGUUCACGUUAAGGUUCAUGGAAACUUAAGAUCAUGUUGUUACUGGAGAAUAUUGGAGAUAAAAGCAAGAGGUUGUGUAAAUUGAUACUUGAAUUUCACUACCAAGCUCAACUCCCUAGCUGGCAAUUUUGUCUAAACCAGUUGAAGAUGUCAGUUGUUAUUUCCUUACUGUCCAUAAAAUCCUCUGUGGCACUUCAGUAAAAAAUAAAUCACUUUCAAACUUUUUGUUGUACGUUUUCUCAUAUUGGUAGAAUGAACGAGUCCAGAACGAGACACUCAAACUCAAUCAAAUUUAUUUAUAAAGCCCUUCUUACAUCAGCUGAUGUCACAAAGUGCUGUACAGAAACCCAGCCUAAAACCCCCAAACAGGAUCUUACUUUGCCGUAUACUCAUUGUUUUCACGAAGAGGACACGUCCCAGCUGAUGCACAAGGGUUCAAGUGCAUGUACCUGGUCAGGGUUCUGGUUGGAAACGACACUCAGAGACACUCAGGCUGGAUUAUUCCCCCUGACAAGCCUUUAGGGAGGUGUAGUGCA